UUUCGCAUCACAAAAAUACCUCACCCCCUGUUUGAUGUUUUGAUUUGUUUACUAUCUGUGAAAAUAUGCAAAAUAUGCAUGGAAAAUGGCUCUGGUUACUAUUAAUCUUUGUAACCAAAUGUGUAGCUGAUGGACAAGACACUUCCGUGCUGCCGGAGGGCUAUGUGGAUGCAGCACAGCGUUCGACGCACACAAACAACUGGGCGGUGCUGGUGGACGCUUCCCGGUUUUGGUUCAACUACCGGCAUGUGGCCAAUGUACUCUCCAUCUACCGUUCCGUGAAGCGAUUGGGCAUUCCCGACUCCCAGAUCAUCCUGAUGAUCGCCGACGACAUGGCAUGUAAUGCUCGGAAUCCUCGUCCCGGUCAGGUCUACAAUAACGCCAAUCAGCACAUCAAUGUCUAUGGCGACGACGUGGAGGUGGAUUAUCGCGGCUAUGAGGUCACCGUCGAGAACUUUGUCCGGCUUCUUACUGGCCGCACCCAAAACGGUACGGCCCGCUCCAAGAAACUCCUCUCCGAUGCCGGCAGCAAUGUCCUUAUCUACCUUACCGGUCACGGCGGCGAUGGCUUCCUUAAGUUCCAGGAUUCGGAGGAAAUCACCAGUCAGGAGCUUGCGGAUGGCAUCCAGCAGAUGUGGGAAAAGAAACGCUACAACGAACUCUUCUUCAUGGUGGACACCUGUCAGGCCGCAUCGCUUUAUGAGAAGUUCACCUCACCGAAUGUUCUGGCGGUGGCUAGCAGUCUGGUGGGUGAGGACUCGCUAUCGCAUCAUGUGGAUCCAUCGAUUGGCGUUUAUAUGAUAGAUCGGUAUACUUACUAUGCCCUGGAGUUCCUGGAAAAGGUGCAGCCUUUCAGCAAACGCACAAUCGGGGAGUUUCUGCAAGUGUGUCCCAAGAGAGUGUGCAUUUCGACGGUUGGCGUUCGCAAGGAUCUGUAUCGUCGGGAUCCGCACAAAGUGCCAAUUACAGACUUUUUUGGUGCCAUCCGACCCACUCGUGUCUCUACAGAUCGCAUUAAUGUCACAAUGGCCAACGAAGAUGAUUUCGUGACCAAUGAUAAGGAGUUGCCUUUAAAAAAACCAUUUAAAAUUGUUCUUGAAUCGCAGUUUCCUUCCGAAUUUUUCAAAUAGUUUUUACCAAAGAAAUGUACGAUGAAACGAAAAAUUCAUGUGAUAAUAUUAAUUUUAUUCGUAAAUACAUCAUUUCAUUAUUAA